GUGUCCCUCUCAGACUGUUAGCAUUGCGUUAGUGUUGGGUUAUUUGCAUUUGUGUGUGACUGGAGUAUACAACUGCAGCUAGAACACCUCGAAAAUGGAUGAUGAUAAUGACAUUUUUAUCCGAGAGUUUGAACUGGAAAGUCGAAAAGUAACAUUGACGUUGUACCAAAAAGAGGUGGGUGAGGUUAGCUGUGUUGUAUGGGAUGCUUCCUUGGUACUGGCAAAAUACCUUGAUGUAUUAUGCAGAGACGACAGACUCGGAAAAGAUUGGCUUCUCAAUAAGAAAGUAUUAGAAUUAGGUGCAGGUCUCGGCUGUGUUGGGAUGACUGCUGCGUGCCUUGGGGCUGAGGUAGUUCUAACAGACCUUGCCAACGUACUUCCAGCGUUGAAUAAAAAUAUUGAGAUGAACAAACAUCACUGGAAAAACUGUGGUGGAUCUGCCAAGGCGCAAGAAUUAGCUUGGAGUAAGGAUGCUGUAAUUGAUUUCAAACCUGAUAUUGUUGUCUUAGCAGAUUGUGUCUAUUAUACAGAGUCAAUCGAACCAUUGUUGAAUACUUUGGAAAGACUAUGUGGAGCUACAAGUAAUACAUAUGCAUUACUCUCACAAGAAGAGAGGGAUACGCCGAACCAAAAGCCAGUAUGGAGCCAAUUUGUUGAUGCCAUUAAAAAAAGGUUCAAGAUUACACCUGUGAUGUUAGCAGAACAACACCCAACAUACUCAAGCCAUGACAUACGUUUAUUAAAACUCACUCUACCAUCACAGAAUUAAAGGAAUAUUAAAACAAGCUGAAAAAAGGUAUACUUUGCUGCUCGAUAUGAA